UACAAAUGUACAACAAUACGAAAAAGCAAGCCCCCUACACUGUGUAAUUGUAGAUUUACGACUUUACAAGUUUGAAACGAAGGAAGAACAGUAAGUUCAGGCACACGCUUUCAUACACUGCUCUGCACUCAAUACUCUGUAUUACUCACAUAUUCCACCGCAUAAUUCCGACACUCUUGCUAUACAGUGAUCCCAAUGCUCAACCAGGUACAAAUUUCUCUCUCUCUCUCUCUCUCUCUCUCUCUCCUCCUCAACCCCCCAAAUCAUCACCCCACUAUUCCGAUUUCUCUGCAAAAAAACUCAUCUCUUUUCAUAAUUUUUGAAUGACAGAUCUAGGGUUACAACCAUCUCAUCAGAUCACAGAUCAAAUUUCUGUACAUUUGUAGCUGAUCUCAGCUGAUUUGCCGAUUUCCCCUUCUGAUUUACAUCCCCCCCUUUUUUUUUGCCACAAUAAAUUAUGCAAUAAGUGAGAAUCAUCAGAGAUUGAAUACUAUAUUGAAAGUUGAAAGAUGGGUGAAAAUCAGCGCUUUCAGCUAGGAACAAUAGGAGCAUUGUGUUUGUCAGUGAUUUCAUCAGUUUCCAUUGUUAUCUGUAACAAAGCUCUUAUCAGUACUCUUGGCUUCACUUUUGCAACUACUUUGACCAGCUGGCACCUUCUAGUCACAUUUUGUUCGCUUCAUGUUGCACUAUGGUUGAAAAUGUUUGAACAUAAACCUUUCGAUCCACGAGCGGUGAUGGGAUUUGGCAUUCUGAAUGGAAUAUCGAUUGGACUAUUGAAUCUUAGCUUGGGAUUCAAUUCUGUUGGUUUCUACCAGAUGACAAAAUUGGCCAUCAUUCCAUGCACUGUCCUUUUGGAGACACUCUUUUUCUUGAAGAAAUUCAGUCGGAGUAUCCAGUUUUCUCUUGGCAUACUUCUUCUGGGAGUUGGCAUUGCAACCAUUACUGACCUGCAGCUCAAUGUUCUGGGUUCUGUUUUGUCACUGCUUGCCAUUCUGACAACCUGUGUCGCUCAAAUUAUGACAAACUCCAUUCAAAAGAAAUUCAAGGUCUCCUCGACUCAACUCUUGUAUCAGUCUUGCCCAUACCAAGCAAUAACUUUGUUCAUCUUCGGCCCAUUUCUUGAUGGACUUUUGACAAACAAAAAUGUUUUUGCAUUCAAUUACACCCCAAAAGUUUUGGCGUUCAUUGUCUUGUCCUGCCUGAUUUCCAUCUCCGUAAAUUUCAGCACAUUUCUUGUAAUUGGGAAAACAUCAGCAGUCACUUAUCAGGUUCUUGGACAUUUGAAGACAUGCUUAGUUUUGACAUUCGGCUACGUACUACUUCGUGAUCCAUUCAGCUGGCAUAACAUUCUUGGUAUUCUUGUUGCCGUGGUAGGCAUGAUUCUAUACUCUUAUUGUUGUUCAGCAGAGGGCCAACAGAAAGCUUCAGAAGCAUCAGCUCAGCAUUCCCAGGGUAAUGAAAGUGAUUCAGAUCCUCUGAUAGUUGUGGAGAACGGAGCUUCUAUCAUGGCUGAUGGUGUUGUGGAAAAAGUGGCUGUUUGGAAUUCAAAAAAGGACGUGGAUGCUUAAAGGUUUCUUAGUCUUAGACUCUGUUAGUCAGUUUUGGAGUUCAAAAUAUGCAGGCUGAUGGAUUCCAGUGAUGAAGAUGUCGCUGAAAGCAAGUCUCUGCAGUGCACAGUUUAGCAUAUUAUUUCAGUUAAACUUUGAAUUGUAGCUAAGGAAAAUAUUCUGUUUAUGUAGGCAGUUUUGGUGAAUAGCUCGAUAAUGAAAUUUGAGAAUCAUGGAAUAUAUAGGUAUUUUUUGGGUGAUUUUAGAUUAUAAUUGACAAUGAAUUGGAAUGGCAUUAGAUUUCCAUUUCUCCUCCAGCCUAUAAUUUUUUUCAGAAAGAAUGCAACUUUUUGAAGUGAA